AUGGAAUCUUCCCAGUUGUCGCUGGCAGCAAGCCUGCUGCCUAGUCUUCUUUCUUCGGCCAUCACCCCGUCGAUAUCAUCCACAGUCGCGGCUUCUUCUACCCACCAACUACUUGUUCCACCAUCAAAUUUCUCCUCGGAAACCCCCCAUAACUAUGAUGGGGGUAACGGGGGAAAUAUGCAUAAAUGGUCAUCGCUGAUUGGAAUUAUUACGGCUUUGUGCGGGAAUGUUUUGAUCUCAUUGGCGCUCAAUAUCCAACGCUACGCGCAUAUUCGGAUCGCAAGAGAAUGGGAGCAGGAUAAAAAUCGCUACGGGGAAUACAGAAACAAUAGAACCCGGGUUCGUUCAAGGGGAAGAUCCCAGGCUCAAUACCGAGACACUGAGCAGAAUGAUUUCGAACCUUAUCGCGACGAUGAUGGCGACAACACCGAAGGGAGGAACACUGGUUCGAGCUCGCGGGCCACUAGCCCUGGAAGCAAGGAUGGCGCAUACGGCAACCGCAAAUCCCACCUCAAGUCUCCAUACUGGUGGGUUGGAAUCGUGCUUAUGGUCGUGGGGGAGCUGGGCAAUUUCAUGGCCUACGGGUUUGCACCGGCGUCGAUUGUCUCUCCAUUGGGAGUUGUGGCUUUGAUAUCGAAUUGCAUCAUUGCACCAUGCUUACUCAAGGAACAAUUUCGCAAACGAGAUCUCUGGGGCGUACUCGUCUCUAUUGUUGGUGCCGCCGUUGUGGUCCUCAGUGCUAAAUCGUCCGAAAAACAAUUUGGACCUCAUGAAAUUUGGGCCAACAUCACACGAUGGGAGUUCCAACUCUAUCUCGCAUUGACCACAUCGUUGAUUGUCGGUCUCAUGUGGGCAAGCCACCGGUAUGGCUCGCGAUCGAUUUUUAUCGAUGUUGGGCUUGUUGCAUUAUUUGGCGGGUAUACGGCUCUUUCUACGAAAGGAAUCUCUUCGCUUCUGUCUGGCACCUUGUGGCACGUUAUUACAUUCCCUAUAACGUACAUACUUGUCUUCGUCCUUGUCGCCAGCGCAUUGAUGCAAAUUCGAUACAUCAAUCGUGCUCUGCAACGCUUCGAUUCCACGCAGGUGAUCCCAACGCAGUUUGUUCUCUUCACUCUAGCUGUCAUUGUCGGAAGUGCAGUCCUUUACCGUGAUUUUGAAUCUAUAACGGCUGACCGCGCGACAAAGUUUGUUGGCGGUUGUCUGUUGACUUUCCUCGGGGUUUCCUUCAUCACUAGCGGCAGAGUCCGCGCCGACGAUGAAUCGUCAUUUUCAUCCGAAGACGAGGAAGAGUCCAUUGGUUUACGCAAUGGCGAAAGGUAUCAUGACAUAAUUGAUUUGUCUCCGUCUAGCCAUCAAUUGCCAAAGACAACGGAUGUUUCCAGAGAAGCACCAUGUGACGUCGUCCCACAGUCCCCACAGCGGUCUAUAUUGAGCCAAGGCACCAAUGAAGUUGAUGAUAACCAGUCUACUCCUAGAGGCAUUCUCUCCGCCGCGCUAUCUUCACCUCGUGGAUCUUUAAUCGAUGCAUCUCCAUUGUCUGCUCCGUCGUUUGACUUCACAUCACCACUGCGGCCCCCAUCUCGCAUGUCCAACCCAUGGGCAGACAUCCAGGAUCAGGGUGUUGGGACACCGCAGUCUGAUAUCCGCCUCGUUACUCCCCCUCUACAGGAGCACGAGACACCACAACCCUCGACAGUCCUGCUGCGGUUCCCUCCUGCACCUGGUAUUGAGGAAGUAGCGGGGGUCAAUGGAAUCGCCAGUCCCGUACGACGUACUUCAACCCCCACGCUUUUAGACCAAGCCGGCCAUUCUACUCGCAAUGAAGCUCCCCUUGAAACACCAUCGCGGCGCACUUUGCGCAACUCCAUCUCUCACCGUUUCUCCCCUGGGCCCCUGCUUCCUACACUUUCCGGUGGCUUCACUGCCGUGGUUGCCGAUUCUAUCCGGCGUAGCGAUGGUAGUCCUCUCAAAGAUCGGACAAGGCGGAGAUUGGGACGUCGGCGUCAACUCGACGGCGCUUUAGCAGAUCCUUCUCUCGAAGGAAACAGUCAUGCAGCGCUUUCACUUGCAACUGCUCGACUGCAGUCCGCCACCAACCUAGCGGACAGAACCGCGGAUGCUGGCCGUCCGACGUCAGCUGUCCCGACAGGGAUCAAUACCAUACCAGCGCCACUCAUCAAUGAAGAUGUGACCCGUCUUCGCAGCUUGAGUGACUCGUGGAAUGGUGGGCUUGCGUGGCUGGGUGGUGCUCUCCGCAAAACCCAGAACACCAAACCCGACAGUGUUGCUGCUACGGAAACGCCAACACCAGAAAAUAGGACACAGCCUGAGCCAAGCUACAACACUGGUGAUUCUGACACCGAGAUAGAAGAUCGGCGAUAA